AUGUCUUGGGGAAGCAGCGAUAUCACUGAAGAUGGUCUGUCAGACAGGAUGCAAUCCAUGUAUAUCGCUUUCGAUCAUCCCUCGCCUUCCACUUCCACACCACAGCCACUGAAGGUCGUCCAUGGCAUCUCUGAGCGUGUGAGCACUGCCUACAUGGCGAAUGGCAAUCGAAGCUCUAGCAUGGGAUCAUCCGUAUUGCCAGAUUUACCCGGGGGUCUAGAUCAGUCAUCACGAAGAAAUAUCUCUAUAUCCACCACGCAAAGUAUAGAGAGUGAAGCAUCCGACAUGAGUCCCGGCGAUGCUCGAGCUGAGAUACUGCGCAGACUGAGCAGAAAGGAGCCGCCAUCAGACCGGAAGGGUGUAUCUCCUUUCAAGAAGAGCUUCCUCCUCAAAAGAGCAGCUACUACGCCAAAUCCAGCUAGCAGUCCAUCACAAAACGACCUGACCGAUAUCCUCGAAGAAGCUGCUGCGGAGGGUAGUCUUUCACUGGUCAGGGCAGUCAUCAAAAUGGGAGCUGAUCCUAUUUAUCGAUCAACUGGUAAGUUGAAGAAGGUAAAGCACGAGGCCCUAGCGAAAGCUACCAUGAACGGACGAGUCAGAGUGGUCGACUAUCUCUUGAAAGAGGGUGCCACCUACGGAGACGCAACGAAGAAAGAAGACUACACUCCAAGAGAUCGCGCGCUCUUGGCGGCCGCCUACAAGGGACAUGCAGACCUGAUCGAUUGUCUUGUAUAUCAUGGCGCAAACCCAAUGGUCGAGCAAUGGCCAAGAGAGAUGUAUGACGCGCAGCACUAUUGGAAUGAGAUCCAGGUUCGUGUUACAAAGACCAGCUUCCUUGAUGGCCUAUCAAAAUGGAAAAAUGUCGAUCGCGGUAUGAGUACCCUCAAACUCGUCAUGCAGCAUCAAAACUUCGAUCCUACAGCCUUCGUUUCAGGCGCAUUCGACAACAAGAGCGAAAUCAAGAACGCUGGUGUCACGAAUCGCCCGUGGCAGAUGACGUACGAGUACUCUGUUUUGUCUUGCUUCGUGCGUGCCGGAUGGGCAGAUGCAGUGGAAGAGAUGUUGAGCAUGAAAGGCAUGUCUAGGGACUACGAGAAAGAAGACGAUGUUUUGUUGCAUCAAGAAAAGCUUACCAGACUCGUAUCACCAAUUAACGCAUUGACGAAAGAAACCUGGGAGAAGCGACCGGAAGAUGCACUCCGCAUACUAAGGCUGCUGAUUGACAGAGGCUUCAAUCUAUGUCUCACGCAACGGACAGCUACAGAUCUGGGCCCAAGGACAGCGCUCAGCCGUGCGAUCUCAGCAGACGCUGCACAGGCAGUCGAACUCAUCUUGCAGACCAAAGGCAGUUUGGUACGAGAGGAAAUUUUCUUCCGACGAAACAAAAAAGAGACCAAAGCACUACCACUCGCCACUGCCCUCUCACUCGACUCGCUGGAAACAGCUCGCGUACUUCUCAGAGCAGGCGCACAUCCCCGUGAUGCAGCUUUCGAAGACAUGAAUGUACUGCAAUUCACCGCAUACCAAAACAGUCCGACCAACACAACAAUGCUCGAAGAGAUGAUCGGCCUCGCCCCAGAACUAAUAUACGAUGCCUUGAGCUACGCCAUAAAGGGUUCCAAUAAAGACGCAGUGCGCGUCCUUCUCAACGCCAUCUCCGCAGCAGCCCUGCGCGAACAAAUCGCCGCUCUACCACCCAUAUAUGACAUACUUCUCCACUGCACUCCCCCCACCAAACAGGAAGUUCAAACCCAGUAUCUUGAGCUCAUCGAUAUGGUGGUCCAAUGGGAUGUUGGAUAUGCGUUGCAGCGACCCAGGCUUUCGGCGAUUUUGUCGGCGAUUCGGAAAGACAACUACAUCGCAAAGCGCAGCCGUGCGGCGAGCUGGGGACAUGGACUAUGCUCGAGUGCUGCGAGUUGA